AGCCUCCUGGUGCUCCUGGACCUGCUGGGCGCCCCCGGCCCCUCCAUCCACAGCCACUUCCCCCAGACCCACCGCUGGUUCCUGCAGCUCGUGGCCAUCGAGCAGCGGCUGCACCAGCUGGGGCUGCUCCGGGAGCACCCCCAGCCCCGGCUCUACUUCCAGCCGGGCCCCCCACCCGGUCCCGUCGAGGACGAUCACCUGCCCUUCCUGCACAGAGGUGUCCCCGUGCUACACCUGGUCCCCACGCCCUUCCCGCGGGUGUGGCACACGCAUGAGGACACCGAGGACAACCUGGACGCAGCCACCGUGGACAACCUGGCCAAGAUCCUGGCCCUCUUUGUGGCCGACUACCUGCGGCUGUGAGCGUGGGGACAGCGCCGGGCAGGGGACACGCGGCGGGGGACACCCAAGGGACGUGGCACCCAGGGGACGGCACCUGCAAGGGACACAGCACCUAUGGAGUACAUGGCACCUAUGGAGUACAUGGCACCUAUGGGACGUGGCAUCUCUGGGGCAUGACACCAAAAGGAGGUCACCCAAGGGAUGUCACCUGCGGGAUGGGACACCUAUGGACUGUCACCUAUAGGAAGUGGCACCUAUGGGACGUGACACCUAUGUGGAAUGCCUCCCCGGAUGCCUGGGCCCUGUUGACCAUGCUCUGUUUUAUACCAUCACCCCCCCCGCAAAGAAUGGGAGGA